GCGCAGGCGUAUCGCGUUACUUGCGCGGGGGCGGUUGGAGAAGAGAGCGCGCGGGAUCAAUUGUUCGGAUCGGUUUUGAAUAAUUUAAAUUAAACCGUCAGCAGCGGCGGCCGCAACCCGUGUUCCGUAUGGUGAGAAUGGCGGAUAAAGAGGUUUAUGACGACGCAGUGGAAGAGCGUGUGAUCAAUGAGGAAUAUAAAAUAUGGAAGAAGAAUACUCCAUUUCUCUAUGAUCUAGUUAUGACGCAUGCGUUAGAAUGGCCAAGUCUUACUGUACAGUGGCUUCCUGAUGUUACCAGGCCUGAAGGAAAAGACUAUAGUGUGCAUCGUUUGGUGCUCGGGACACAUACAUCUGAUGAACAGAAUCAUUUGGUCAUUGCAAGUGUUCAGAUUCCCAAUGAUGAUGCUCAGUUUGAUGCUUCUCACUAUGAUAGUGAGAAGGGAGAAUUUGGCGGAUUUGGAUCUGUGAGUGGAAAAAUAGAAAUUGAAAUUAAAAUCAAUCAUGAAGGUGAAGUGAACCGAGCACGUUACAUGCCACAGAAUCCAUGCAUUAUUGCUACGAAAACCCCCACCUCUGAUGUGCUUGUCUUCGACUAUACCAAGCAUCCAUCUAAGCCAGAUCCCAGUGGUGAAUGUAAUCCUGAUCUUCGACUGCGCGGCCAUCAAAAAGAAGGAUAUGGUCUCUCCUGGAACCCAAACCUAAGUGGACAUCUACUCAGUGCUUCAGAUGAUCAUACUAUCUGUCUUUGGGACAUAAGUGCAGGUCCAAAAGAAGGGAAGAUAGUAGAUGCUAAAACCAUCUUUACAGGCCAUACUGCGGUUGUAGAAGAUGUUUCCUGGCAUUUACUGCAUGAAUCUUUGUUUGGAUCUGUAGCUGAUGACCAGAAGCUCAUGAUUUGGGACACAAGGUCAAAUAAUACUUCAAAACCGAGCCAUUCUGUAGAUGCACACACAGCUGAAGUCAACUGUCUGUCCUUCAACCCAUACAGUGAAUUUAUCCUAGCAACUGGCUCUGCUGAUAAGACGGUGGCAUUAUGGGACCUUCGAAAUCUAAAAUUAAAGCUCCACUCCUUUGAGUCUCACAAAGAUGAGAUCUUUCAGGUGCAGUGGUCGCCACACAAUGAAACUAUCCUUGCUUCCAGUGGUACUGAUCGUCGCCUCAAUGUCUGGGAUUUAAGUAAAAUUGGUGAAGAGCAAUCCGCUGAAGAUGCAGAGGAUGGACCGCCAGAACUACUGUUUAUUCAUGGAGGACAUACUGCAAAAAUUUCUGAUUUCUCCUGGAAUCCAAAUGAACCAUGGGUAAUCUGUUCUGUAUCAGAAGACAAUAUUAUGCAAGUUUGGCAGAUGGCUGAGAAUAUUUACAAUGAUGAAGAACCUGAUACACCUGCAUCUGAACUUGAGAGCCAAGGAUCAUAAACCCCAUUUGACACCACCUCUUUAAAAAGAGUCUAAAAUUUAUUUAGACAGAUAAUCGUAACAAGUUUCCAAGCAAUCUUUUUCCACUGAAGUGCUGAGGCUUGUGUAUAAGAAGCACUUUAUGCAAAUUCUGACGUGCAACUCCUUGGUUUUCAGUGAGCUUCGUACAGAAAUUUGGUAGUGUUUUGAGAAUGCAAAGCCUGAUUUAUAUAGUAGUGUGUAAUUGUAUUCCUUUAGUAUGUAUAAAAGUUUAUUGAUAGCUGCUUAAGCACAAACGUGUAUACUUGUGUGUUGCGGUAUUACAUAAUAUACAGUCUGACUCUGAAAUGUGAUUGGCAGCAGGGGCACUAAUUCAAUGUGCAUAUAAUUUGGUUCCAGUGGAAGAGAGUUAAAAUUGCUAAAAUCUCUGCAAAGCAAUUUUUCAACACUCAAGCUGAAGAGUUUUUUUUUAAUGCAAAGUACGUAUUUCAACACAUGAAAUUCUUUGGUUUAUUUCUGCCUAACUCCCUCCAAACUACCAACACACAACUACACUCUAGUGGUUCUAAGUAGCAUUGAUUUUUCCAGCUUAUUCUGAAAGCGUAUAACAACCAUGCCCACAAUUUUGGACUAAUUAGAAAUUAUUGCAUAUUGAAAGAUUUUAUCUACAUUUAUAAUCCAGCAUUAAGUGGUGAAAUGCUGCUGCAGACUUCAGUAGUUGUGGUGUAGUUUUCUUACACUCUUUGAAGCUCUAACAUAUGUGCACUUAAGAAUUCAUGUAGACAUUUGCUUCUGUGUUUUCCUCAUUUUAACAACUGCAUUUGUGCACAUUGUAGAGCAGAGAUAUAAAAACAAUAAACCUUUUGUAAUUUUUA